AUGGCUUUGGCUUGGUGCGCCGUAAGCAGGUCAGCUUCUAAUUUUGCUUCCUUGUGUGGUGGUCGAGUCCGAAUUAUCUCCACCGUUUUGGACCGUCCGUCUCUAGCUCUCAACCCGUCACCGCUGCGUCCCUUCGUCUCUAGUAGCUUUUACUACCCGGCGGUUGUUGAUCAGCUGAGCUCCGAGCAAAUGCUUAUCCGGGAGAUUGACUCCGAGAUCAAUUUAGCUUCGCAAAUCAGUGAUAUGUUUAAGGAUGAAGAGACGACUCCAGAAAGCUCACCUUUCAUAAUUGAAGAUGAUGGAGGUGAGACUGUGACAUUGACUAGAGACUACAAAGGGGAACAUAUUAAAGUUGUAGUAGGCCUGCCUAGUCAUGCUACUAAGAAUGAAGAGGGAACUCUUGAUUAUUAUUAUAAUUAUUAUGGAUAUGGAGUGAAGAUACCACUAACUAUGAAUAUUACCAAGAAGAGCGGACUCAGCCUAGAGUUUCGCUGCAAGGUUAUUGAUGAAUAUGAUUGGAUCCACAUAGAUGGUGUAUUUGGGGAUCAUUCGGUUGACUCUUUGAAAGACAAACUGGCGAAUGGCGAAGGGACUUAUUUCAAGUAA